AUGGCGACGUUCUCACCCUCCAUACUCGUUUCCGCCCCCGCGCGACGGCUCACCACUCUCCGUCGCAUCAUCACCUCCAGACCAUCCCUCCUCAGCUCCUUCACAACAACUCCCAGGAUAUCCGCCGCUUGCUUCUUCUCCUCCCCUUCCCGCACCCUCUCCAAAGGCGGCGCCCCCCUAGCGCACAACAACGAGCCAGUCCCGACUUCCUCCCCGACUACCGACUUCUCCAGCCUUGACGUGCUAGGCAACACCCCCGUCCCGUCCACCUCCAUCGACGUCUGCCACCAUGACGGCUUCUCCCUCAACUCUGGGGUGCAAAUCACCAACGGCAGCGGGGCCUUGCUCAUAGGCGGGGAGGCGUUUGAGUGGAAACCAUGGCUUAGCAAAGACGGGAAAGGAACAAGAAAAAAGAUGAUCAACAGCAAGUGGCAGUGGGAGAUUGAUCCCGAGAGUUUGGGGGUGUUGAGUGUUGUUUGGCCUAGGCCUGAUCUCCUGAUCCUAGGAGUGGGUAAAUACAACAGGCCCAUCAGCCCAAAGAUGCGACAGGCGAUCGGCGAGAUGGGCAUGAGGGUCGAGGUGUUAGACACGAGAAACGCGGCGAGCCAGUACAACCUUUUAGCGACGGAGAGGGGGGUGGGGGAUGUGGCUGCCGCGUUGGUGCCGAUUGGGUUUGAGGAGUGAAGGGGAACCUGCCUAUCCGUUAAGGAAAGGGGGAAAAGUGGUAAAAUAUCUGUAUAUACCUAGGUUGAUGAUGAUACCAGUUACUUGGUGGAGAAGGGACAACUACAACCAGAAAGUCUGCUCUACUAUGUGGAAAUGCAAAGGCUACCUAUUACAGGCACCCCCCUCGACAUGAAUACACAGGACC